GUCCACCAUUACAUUGCAGUGGACGACACCAAGAUGAAUAAGUGUACGGUGGGAAGACUGUUGAUCUGCUUACUGAUUGCGUUCAUUGCGGGUGCGCACGGUGCCAGCAACUAUCUGUACGAGUCCGAGGAGCGGUACCCGGUGCCCUCGAAUCUACUGGAAGAUGAUGCCGAGGAGAACGAUCGAGCAAGUCUUACAGACGAUGGACUGUUAGAAAACUAUCUACAAGGAGGAGCCUCAAAACGAUCAUCCCUGAUCCAGGUGUAUCGAAGGGGAUGCAUCCCACGAGGCGGUAACUGUGACCAUCGGUCUAACGACUGCUGCCACAACAGCUCCUGCCGGUGCAAUCUUUGGGGCUCCAACUGUCGCUGUCAACGCAUGGGCCUAUUCCAGAAAUGGGGAUGAGCGCUGAACGAGUUGGAUCACUAAGCUCCUUACCCAC